AUGAAGCAGGCCGCCAUUGCGUUUUGGCGCGAAAUGCCAAUCGCUGUCACAAUCGCAUUCGUGGCUCUGGCAUGCACGGUUUCAGCCAGAGACAUUGUUUUGGAUGAUACGUACACUGUAAUACAAGCUUCAACUAAUGAAAGAUUACGUCUUAUCUGCGGGUUGAAGCCGCGUAGUCAAAUGCCAGCAGUGAGGUGGUUCUUUGACGGAAAACCAGUGGACUAUCAGUUGAGACAGAGAGUGAUGCAGCAGAAACAGUGGUUAAGAAUAAAAGGAUUUCGCGCCAAAGACGCCGGUGUGUACACAUGUCAGAAUGAAGAGGACAAAGGAAAGGAAAUGAGUGUUACCAUAAAACAUAAACCGGAGCUUGAAACGGAAAAUAUUGAGGAAUACCAGUCCGAUGUUGACGUUUUACGAGCUAUGCCUGAAAUAUUGGCGCAGCAUUCAGCGUCUUUGGUUGAUAAUAAUACAAUAGAAGAUAAUACAACGGAUCCUAGGAAUAAAUACAAAGAGUACGAUAACAAAGACGAUGAUUUGGACGAUAGAAAUGAAAGAGAACAUUUGAACUACGGCCACGUUGAUGACACCAAAUCAAAAUACGCGCCCAAGUUCAAGCAUCCGUCCAAAAUGUUCAACAUGGAGAUGAAACCAGCUGGAAGUUCAAUAAGAUUCAAAUGCGCUGCCGAAGGUAACCCAAUGCCAAACAUAACAUGGUACAAAAAUAGUGGAACUCCGAUAGCUAGGAGCUACUUCAAACCGAGUUACGGCAAAUGGUCCAUGGCGUUAGAUGAGCUGACUAAAGCCGAUAAUGGAAAUUACACUUGCAAAGUUUGUAACGAACUCGGGUGCAUUCAACACAAAUACACACUACACAUACAAGAACGCUAUCCAUCGAAGCCGUAUAUAAAAGAAGGGCAUCCUGGGAAUAUAACAGUGCUUGUGAAUGAAACAGUCACAUUGACAUGUCCGCCUGUGUCAGACUUAGAACCUUAUCUAUAUUGGAUCAGACCAACGAACUAUUCUAUGAAAGACACAGAGGUCGGACCUAGCGAUGCCCCGGCACCUAUAGGCGACGUUAUUGAGCGAUUAUACGCCAAGCCGGUGUUAACUCAGGCCGCAGUCAACCAAACAAAGUUAGUUGGAGAGACAGCGAAAUUCAGUUGCGAAUACCUGAGUGACCUACACCCGCUCGUGUAUUGGAUGUAUUUCACAAAACACGAAUAUAUAUAUAAUGAAACAACAACGGAUUCUAGCAAUGAGUCCAUUGUGUAUGAUGAUAUUACGAAAAUUGUUACGAGUGAGAAUCCAGAGGACAAACCCGAACAAUUAACUAUAUACAAUGUGACCAAAGAAGAUGAGGGUUGGUACGUGUGUGUAGCUCUCAAUACACUCGGCAACACGACGGCUAAAGGAUACCUCACUGUUUUGGAUUCACUCCCCAUCACAGAAGCGUUGGAUCACGGCAAGCACACAUUAUUCAUAAACAUACUAACAGCGGUUCUUGGAGCGAUGUUCUUUGUGGCUGCCAUCAUAGUGGUCAUGAUAUUCAAGAAAUUGAAACGUGAGAAGAUCAAGAAACAGCUUGCGAUAGAAACAGCUCGAGCUGUUAUAGUAACGCAUUGGACGAAGAAAGUUACUGUUGAGAAACCUCAGAUGAACGGAACUGAAAAUACUGCUGAAGGAUUGUUGAUGCCAGUGGUAAAGAUCGAAAAACAGAAGCUAUCACAAGUCCAAAGCCCGUGUGAUUCAAUGAUGAUGUCAGAAUAUGAAUUGCCAGUUGACAUAGACUGGGAAGUGUCGAGGGAUGCUCUUUGUAUUGGAAAAGUUUUGGGAGAAGGAGAAUUUGGGAAGGUUGUGAAGGCAGAAUGUCAAGGGAUCGUGAAACCGGGUGUACAGUCAGUGGUGGCUGUUAAAAUGUUGAAAGAAGGCCAUACUGACGCGGAGAUGAUGGCGUUAGUAUCGGAGAUGGAAAUGAUGAAGAUGAUCGGUAAACACGUGAACAUCAUCAAUCUACUGGGAUGCUGUACACAAGAUGGACCGCUGUACGUCAUAGUUGAGUACGCACCCAAUGGAAACCUGAGAGAAUUUCUAAGGAAUCAUCGACCUGGUAACAGGUAUGAAUCACCCAACGAAGAUCUAAAGGAAAAGAAAACUCUAACCCAAAAAGAUCUUGUAUCGUUCUCAUAUCAAGUCGCGAGGGGCAUGGAGUAUUUGGCUUCUAGACGAUGUAUACACCGUGAUCUCGCCGCACGUAAUGUCCUAGUGUCAGAUGACUGCGUGCUAAAGAUCGCAGAUUUCGGUCUCGCUAAAGACGUUCAGUCAAAUGACUAUUACCGCAAGAAGACCGAAGGCAGACUGCCCGUAAGAUGGAUGGCGCCGGAGAGCUUGUACCAUAAAGUAUUCACGACACAGACUGACGUGUGGUCGUUCGGUGUACUGCUGUGGGAGAUCAUGACACUUGGUGGCACUCCCUACCCGACUGUCCCGGGGCAAUAUAUGUAUCAACACCUCAGCGCCGGACAUCGGAUGGAGAAGCCGCCGUGUUGCAGUCUUGAAAUUUACAUGCUAAUGCGAGAAUGUUGGUCCUUCUCGCCCGGCGACCGGCCUUCGUUCACAGAAUUAGUUGAAGAUUUGGACAAAAUACUCACAGUGACGGCAAACCAGGAGUACUUGGACCUCGGUCUGCCUCAGCUAGACACGCCGCCGUCCAGCUACGACGGCUCCGGAGACGAGAGUGACAGCGAGUUCCCUUUCAUUAAAUAA